UCAGCAAACAUUUAAAAAGCGCAUCAUGGUUUUAUGGUUGCUUACCAGUCUGCUGCUGGAGGUUGUUGCCGUUGCAGGUGUAGCCCUGGACCCCUGCUCUGCCUACAUCAGCCUGAAUGAACCGUGGAGGAACACAGACUACCACGUCAACCAGUCCUCCAGCGGGCCCCUGUGUGACAGCCACGUGUCUGGAGAAUGGUACCGCUUCACGGGCAUGGCCGGGGACGCCAUGCCCACCUUCUGCAUCUCUGAGAAUCACUGCGCCACACACGCUCCCAUCUGGCUCAACGGCAGCCACCCACAACCCCAGGAGGGCAUCGUCACCCUGCCUGUGUGUGCCAGCUUCAACGACAACUGCUGCCAGUGGAAUGCCAGUGUGGACGUGAAGGCCUGCAGCGGAGGGUACUUUGUAUAUCGCCUGCCCAGACCCUCUGUCUGCUUCCAAGUUUACUGUGGCCAUUUCUAUGACAUCUGUGAUGAGGUGGACUGUGUAGGUCCCACAUGUCCCCAGUCUGACUGUCUCUGUACACCUGGAUUUGUCCUGGGACCGGACAGACAGACAUGCCUGGAUGUAAAUGAGUGUGAGAAGGGCAACGGUGGCUGUGCAGAGGUGUGUGUGAACACCAAAGGCUCCAGACGCUGUGAGUGUGUGCCGGGCCGUGUGCUGGACAAGGACGGACACAGCUGCAGAGAGAUAGCCGGCUGUCAUGUUAACAAUGGAGGCUGCAGCCAUGGCUGCUCCUCACUGCUGGACUCCUAUCAGUGCCAUUGUCCCAGAGGGCUGGAGCUGGGGGAGGAUAAACGCACAUGUCAGGUGCCAGUCCAGUGUGAUUCCGGCUCUAUAGUUGUGUCAGUUCCUAAGGACCUGGUCGAAGGCCUGGAGCUCACCCUGUCCAACUCGUCUUGUCGAGGUGUCUCCAAUGGCACCCACAUAAACCUCAGCUUCAGCCUCAAGACCUGCGGCACGGUGGUGGAGGUGACAGAUGACAAGAUUGUGGGGACCAACCUGGUGACGGGCCUCCCGAGGAACAGCCCAGGCAGCAGCAUGGACUUGAUCGUCCGCACCAGCAAGUUAGUGCUCCCGGUCACCUGCGAGUUCCCGAGGGAAUACCAAGUGUCGGACGGAUACCAGGCCAGUCAGCGCAGCUCGGCCCUGGAGCUGGCAGGCCACAGCAAGGGAGUCUUCCCCUUCUCCCUGGAGCUCUUCAAGAGCGCAGAGUUCUCGGAGCCCUACCAAACCCCGCCCCAGCUCCGCCUGCACGACUCCCUGUUCUUCGGGGUGGAGCCGAGGGAGAGAGUGGAGGGCCUCUCUGCACUGGUGGAGAGCUGCUUCGCCACACCAGGGCCAAACGCUGACCAGGCCCUCAAGUAUUACCUCAUCAAAGACGGGUGUAUCUCUGAUGAAACUGUGACACAGUACUCAUCAAAGGACCAGCUCUCUAAGCACUACCAGGUCCCCGUCUUCAAGUUUGUUGGCAAGGACAACAAACAAGUGUUCCUCCACUGCCAGGUGUUGGUAUGCGGGGCGGGGGACUCCCACUGCUCUCAGCAUUGCCGGGGGCGUGUCCGCCGCCAGGCUCGGACCAAACCUCAGGAGAAACACACACUGAGUGGAGGCCCCAUCUUCAUCCUGCCUGAUCUGUGAUGCUAACAUAUCACCAUCAACACACACAGUCAGAAACAACACCAUGCAGAGUCACAUUAACUUUAAAGCAGAUGAACUGACCAUUUCAGUUUAUUUAUUUAAAUACACAUAUACAUCGUAUACAUGCAGAUGUACAGUAUAUACACUCUAGUUUAUCCCUAGUUCCAGUGUCAGUUACAUUGCUUUAGAUUCUGUGUAUUACAAUACAACCAAGUUUGUGGUGUGUCACUGCCACUUUGCCACAAGUGAAUGACAUUUCUAUUAGAACUCAUUCUAAUAUAAAUGUAGAAAAGGGGCCACAUUUGAUUUGUAACAACUGCAGCAUGAAUGAUGUUUUUCUAGGUCACACUUUGAGGCAUUUCUCAGGCUUGAUUACAGUUUAAGGAAUGUGUAGAUUUAUAGAAGUUGUUUAUAUUUCACACCAUCACUGACUUAAAAAAAUACAUGAACUCCGAUAGAUGUAUUCUCAUUUGCUCAUUUGCAUGCCAGUGCUGUGGGAAAGAGAUAUCAGUGUGCCGAGCCUGAAAAUGAUGCAUACGCUUCGUCACUGACAAUUAAUCCAGAGUUAAUCACGUCAUUUGAACUGCAAUUAGUCAUGUAUUCAUUAAUAAAAACAAACAAAACACUAGCAAAUAACUUAAAUUAAAAAAACACCAGCUGUAAUAGGCAUCACAUUCAUUUGACACUGACUUAAGCUCUAAGCAGACUACCUUGAUAAAUAGCAUCACGCAACAUAGCGUCAUAGUUGAUAAAUUGUGUCUCUCCAUCUAGAGGAAAUUAAUCCAACUACAAUAUCCUUCCCAUCAGGCACUUUGUUUGGAGUCAUCAUAGUAAUUUAUGGUAAUGGAGUCAUAGAGGCCUAAAAAUGGCCUAAUUUGAAAUGGAGUAUGGAGAGUAAUAUGCAUACGCAGUUAAUUACGAUUUGGAAAGUCAUAUCCAGACACCUAAUAUAUGUCAGUACUGCUUAUGAAUAAAACCUGUAAAAAAACUGUUAA